AUGAGUUCAAUGCGUAGCGAUACCGUAUGGGAUAUAUUAGGUCCAUAUGAUGAACUUAACGAACGGCAGCUACCAACCAUAGGGGAUGUCAUUAAAUUUAUUUUAUUUGUUAGGAAUGACCUGAAACUAAAAUGUAAUGGCAAGGAUCCAUUCAAUUUAAACAUUUAUUCAGUUGUAUCUAAAAAAAUUCAAAAUAUCUGGAUAAAAGCUUUCAUUCCAAUCGUAUCUAAUGAUCGAGUUUUACAACUCUUAAAAUCUUAUUUUGAAAAAUAUCUCACUUUGAAAAGAUAUCCCAAGAGCAAAAGACAUGAUAGUUUUGAGAAAAAACUGAAAUGUUUUUCAGAUUUAUCAAAGAGGCUUUUUGAUGUGGCUUCUUGUAAAUGUGUCUUUGAAGCAUGUGUAUGUUUGAAAAAUAAAAAAGUUCCUGUUAACGAAAGACAAUUUUUGAUCGAUCAGAGAAAUGAGAGAAAAAUGGCUAUAGGUGGCAUCGAUAAACAAGAAACGGUCAGAUUGAGGAAACGACAGGCAAGACAAUUUGAACGUUCAAUGAAAGGAGUCAAAAAGUUUUGCUCAACACAAGGUUCUAAUAUUGUUUCAACAGCUUUGGAUGAAGACGAGACGCAUAUCAAUUUUUCCAAAACCAACCUGGCAACAGAAACACUUCUGACAAACCUGUCAUUUACAAAUAUACCAAUAACAUCAUUCGCUAAUCGAAAUUUACUGCAGUUACCAACAUUGGCAAAAGUUUGUGAUAGAUAUCGAUUGUCUACACGAUCUGCUGCUGCUGUUGCUUCUGCCGUUUUAGUUGACGUAGGUCUGGUUUCAAAUGAAGACUCAACUCUAGUAAUAGAGAAAAAUAAAGUACACAAGCUGUAUCAAAGGCCAGAAAAAAUAUAUUUCAAAAUAUUAGCGAAGUUUCACUAA